AUGGACGGCGCUGGCAUCUUCCAUGUUCGGGUGGAAGGAGACUGGAAUAGGGUAGCCAUUGACAUCAUGAACUAUUGGGAAAAUUCUUUUUCUCUCAAUAGCGCUUUAACUAGUCACAAACAUAUUCACACAGGUGAGAAACCAUAUCGCUGUGAUAUCUGUGGUAAAUCAUUUUCUGAAAAUAGCACUUUAACUAUUCACAAGCGUAUUCAUACAGGUGAGAAGCCAUAUCAAUGUAUUAUCUGCGGUAAAUCAUUUUCAGAAAAUGGUCUCUUGACUAGACACAGACGUAUUCAUACUGGGGAAAAACCAUAUCAGUGUGAUAUCUGUGGUAAAACAUUCUCUCAAAGUAAUGGCUUAACUAAACACUGGAGCGUUCACACAGGAGAGAAACCAUAUCAUUGUGAUAUCUGUGGUAAAUCAUUCUCUGAAAAUGGCACUUUCACUAAACACAGGCGCAUUCAUACAGGAGAGAAGCCGUUUCAUUGUAAUAUCUGUGGUGAAUCAUUUUCUCUAAAGAGCAUUUUAACUCGACAUAAACGUAUUCAUACAGGAGAAAAGCCAUAUCAUUGUGAUAUCUGUGGUAAAACAUUCUCUCAAAGUUAUGACUUAACUAAACACAAACGUAUUCAUACAGGAGAAAAGCCAUAUCAUUGUGAUAUCUGUGGUAAAACAUUCUCUCAAAGUUAUCACUUGACUAAUCACCAGCGCGUUCACACGGGAGAGAAACCAUAUCAUUGUGAUAUCUGUGGUAAAUCAUUUUCUUGUAAUAGUCACUUGACUGUCCAAAAACGCAUUCAUACUUGUGAAAAAUCAUAUCAUUGUGAUAUCUGUGGUAAAUCAUUCUUUCGAAGAGGUGACUUGACUGUACAUAAACGUCUUCAUACAGGGGAAAAGCCAUAUCAUUGUGAUAUCUGUGGUAAAACAUUCUCUCAAAGUGAUCACUUGACUAAACACCAGCGCGUUCACACGGGAGAGAAACCAUAUCAUUGUGAUAUCUGUGGUAAAUCAUUCUCUCAAAGUGAUCACUUCACUAAACACCAGCGCGUUCACACGGGAGAGAAACCAUAUCAUUGUGAUAUCUGUGGUAUAUCAUUUUCUUGUAAUAGUCACUUGACUGUCCAUAAACGCAUUCAUACUGGAGAAAUGCCAUAUCAUUGUAAUAUCUGUGGUGAAUCAUUUUCUCUAAAUAGCACUUUAACUCGACAUAUUCGUAUUCAUACAGGAGAAAAGCCAUAUCAUUGUGAUAUCUGUGGUAAAUCAUUCAUUGGAAGUGGUAACUUGACUGUACAUAAACGUGUUCACACAGGAGAGAAACCAUAUCAUUGUGAUACCUGUGGUAAAUCAUUCAUUGGAAGUGGUAACUUGACUGUACAUAAACGUCUUCAUACAGGAGAGAAGCCAUAUCAUUGUAAUAUAUGUGGUGAAUCAUUUUCUCUAAAUAGCACUUUAACUCGACAUAAUCGUGUUCAUACAGGAGAAAAGCCAUAUCAUUGUGAUAUCUGUGGUGAAUCAUUCUCUGAAAAUAGCACUUUAACUCAACACAAACGCAUUAAGCCAUUUCAUUGUAAGAUCUGUGGCAAAUCAUUCAUUGAAAGUGGUAACUUGAAUAAGCACAAGCGUGUUCAUACAGGAGAGAAACCAUAUCAUUGUGAUAUCUGUGGUAAAUUAUUCUCUUGUAGUUGCCACUUGUCUGAUCAUAAACGCAUUCAUGCAGGUGAGAAACCUCAUCAUUGUGAUAUCUGUGGUAAAUCAUUCUCUAAAAAUGGCAGUUUAACUAAACACAAACGCAUUCAUACAGGAGAGAAGCCAUUUCAUUGUAAGAUCUGUGGCAAAUCAUUCAUUGAAAGUGGUAACUUGAAUAAGCACAAGCGUAUUCAUACAGGAGAGAGGCCAUAUCAUUGUGAUAUCUGUGGUAAAUUAUUCUCUUGUAGUGGCCACUUGUCUGAUCAUAAACGCAUUCAUGCAGGAGAGAAGCCAUAUCAUUGUAAUAUCUGUGGUGAAUCAUUCUCUGAAAAUGGCAGUUUAACUAAACACAAACGCAUUCAUACAGGAGAGAAGCCAUUUCAUUGUAAGGUCUGUGGCAAAUCAUUCAUUGAAAGUGGUAACUUGAAUAAGCACAAGCGUGUUCAUACAGGAGAGAAGCCAUUUCAUUGUAAUAUCUGUGGUAAAUCAUUCUCUGAAAAUGGCAGUUUAACUAGACACAAACGCAUUCAUACAGGAGAGAAGCCAUUUCAUUGUAACAUCUGUGGUAUAUCAUUCAUUGAAAGUGGUCACUUGAAUACACACAAGCGCAUUCAUACAGGGGAGAAGCCAUAUCAUUGUAAUAUCUGUGGUAAAUCAUUCUCUCGAAGUAAUGGCUUAAUUAAACACCAGCACGUUCACACUGGAGAGAAACCAUAUCAUUGUGAUAUCUGUGGUAAGUCAUUCUCUCGUAGUGGCCGCUUGUCUGAUCAUAAACGUAUUCAUACUGGGGAAAAGCCAUAUCAGUGUGAUAUCUGUGGCAAAUCAUUUGCUGAAAAUAGCCAUUUAAUUAUUCACAAACGUGUUCAUACAGGAGAGAAGCCAUAUCAUUGUGAUAUCUGUGGUAAAUCAUUCUCUUGCAGUAGUCAAUUGUGUAGACAUAAACCUAUACACUUUAUAUAUGACUGUUUUCUCCUUUAUUUCUUGUACCUUCGCCUGCGGCGGUACAAGUUUGACUUCGUUUCCUUCCAUUUUUACCAAGUUCCUGAAUUCGAACAGUUGUUCGAUCUUGAAUUCAACGUCCAUCAUGGUUCUGCCUACCGCGGCCGAAAAAGACUGUUUGGUUACUUCCGUUUCCUUUAA